AUGGCUAAGCCCGGGAAGCAGGAAGUCCGACUCCAUCUCUUCCCCCACCUACUGUCCCUACGGCACCUCUGCCUGGCAGCAAUCCAAGUCCUGGGCACUGUCAAGUGGUUCAACGUCCGAAAUGGUUACGGAUUCAUCAACAGGAAUGACACCAAGGAAGAUGUCUUUGUUCACCAGACAGCGAUUAAAAGAAACAACCCCAGGAAGUUCCUGCGCAGCGUUGGAGACGGGGAGACUGUGGAGUUUGAUGUCGUGGAAGGAGAGAAGGGUGCAGAAGCUGCUAACGUCACUGGGCCUGGGGGGGUGCCAGUGAAGGGUAGCCGCUAUGCCCCCAAUCGACGUAGGUUCCGCCGAUUUAUCCCCCGGCCUCGCCCGGCUGCCCCACCACCCAUGGUGGCAGAGGCUCCAUCGGGUGGGACAGAACCGUGCAUCGAAGGGGAACGAGCUGAGGACUCUGGGCAGAGGCCCAGGCGCCGGCGCCCACCGCCCUUCUUCUACCGACGGCGCUUUGUGCGAGGCCCAAGGCCCCCCAACCAGCAGCAGCCUAUAGAGGGCACUGAUGGGGUAGACCCUAAAGAGACAGCCCCAUUGGAGGGGGACCAACAGCAGGGAGAUGAGCGGGUUCCCCCACCCAGAUUCCGGCCCAGAUACCGAAGGCCUUUCCGCCCCCGGCCACCCCAGCAGCCUACCACAGAAGGUGGGGAUGGCAAGACCAAGCCCAGCCAAGGUCCCACUGAUGGUUCCCGGCCUGAGCCCCAGCGCCCACGAAACCGCCCCUACUUCCAGCGGCGACGGCAGCAGCCCCCUGGACCCAGGCAGCCCACAGCCCAGGAGACCUCAGCCCCCAUCAACAGUGGGGACCCCACCACCACCAUCCUGGAGUGAUUCCAACUCAAGGACACCCAGAACUACCAUCUGGUAUCUGCCAGGUUUUCCAACUGACCUGCACCCUACCCAGCACCCCUCCCCCUUUCCCAUAGUCAUGACAUCAAAACACUGGCUUUCCCCCUUUUCCAUGAGACUCAGGAGGGCCAAAGCAACAGCUUUUUGCUUUUUUUUCUCUCUCCCCUACCAAGGGCUGAAGGAAGGGAUCCAUCCUUUUUGUUCAGAGGCAUCAACUCCCUCCCCUAAAUCAGGCUGAGAAGGAACCAGCCAGCUCUUACCUCCUCCUGGUUGUUUUUCUUUCCCACCCCAGUUUAUUUUUUGUUUCCCCUCGACCCCCUACCUCUAAAGCCAUUUUAUGAACUGUCAUGUGCCACCUGAGCCUCCAGUAAAAACAAAAACAGGCUU